AUGGUUAUCAACCAAACCUAUUUUGUGGAAUUUAUUAUUUUGGGAUUAACAGAUCUCUCAGACCUCAAAUAUUUUCUUUUUUGCGCUCUCCUUCUUAUUUAUGUACUUACUCUGGCAGGAAACAUAUCCAUCAUCCUGGUAACGCAAGGGGAUAAGCAUCUCCACAAGCCAAUGUACUUCUUUUUGUGCAAUCUGUCUUUCCUGGAUAUUUGUUAUACAUCAACCACAAUGCCGAAAAUGCUGCAAACUCUUAUAGCAAAGAAGAGAACAAUUUUAUUUAAGAGCUGUGUAAUUCAACUGUAUUUAUUUCUGGCCUUUGUGGGUACUGAGUGUGUUCUUCUUGGAAUUAUGUCCUAUGACCGUUUUGUGGCCAUAUGUAACCCUCUUAGAUAUUCUGUUAUUAUGAGUCAUAAAGUUUGUAUUCAUCUGGCAGCCACCUCCUGGCUGAGUGGCCUAUUGAAUUCUAUAAUCCAUACAGUUUCUACUUUUCAUCUUCAGUUCUGUAAAUCUAACAAGAUCAAUUAUUUCUAUUGUGAUAUACCUCCACUCCUAUCACUUGCCUGUGAUGAUACAUCUGUUAAUGAAUUUUUGUUGCUUUUCAUUGGGGUUUUUAUAGGGUGGACUCCAUUUUUAUGCAUCAUUGUGUCCUAUAUAUACAUUAUUGUAACUAUAAUGAAAAUCAGGUCUACUGAAGGAAGAAAGAAAGCUUUCUCUACAUGUGUUUCCCAUCUUACAGUGGUUGUUUUAUAUUAUGGUAGUUCAAUCUUUAACUAUGUAAGACCAAUAUCUACUUAUUCUUUAGGCAAGGAUAGAGUUAUAUCUGCCUUAUAUAGUGUUGUGACCCCUAUGUUAAACCCACUGAUAUACACAUUUAAAAACCAGGAUGUAAAAAAAGCAAUGUACAGGUAUUUUGUAUACCAAAGAUGA